CUUCUCGGUAGAGAGAGAGAGAGAGAGAGAGAGAAAGAAGCAGCAGAAUGGAGCCUUGUUCAUGGCGGGCUCUCAUCUUGGUGUUCUUCCUGCUCCCGUUGCUGACCCAGGGAAGGACUCGACACUACAAGUUCAAUGUGGUGGCUAAGAACUUCACCCGGCUCUGCUCCCCCAAGUCCAUCAUCACCGUGAACGGCCGAUUCCCUGGGCCAACUCUGUACGCGAGAGAAGGCGACACGGUGAUCGUCAAGGUCGCCAACCACGUCCAGGAAAACGUUACCAUCCACUGGCACGGGGUUAGGCAGCUCACGACGGGCUGGGCUGACGGCCCAGCCUAUGUAACGCAGUGUCCGAUCCAACCGGGCCAGAACUACGCGUACAACUUCACCCUCACGGGCCAGCGCGGCACGCUGCUGUGGCACGCCCACAUCAUGUGGCAGAGAGCUACGGUCCAUGGCGCCAUCGUCAUCCUCCCCAAACGCGGCGUUCCCUAUCCCUUCCCCGCGCCUCACAAAGAAGUCGUCCUCGUCUUGGCGGAGUGGUGGAAAUCGGACGUUGAAGCCGUCAUAAACGAAGCUCUGCAGUCAGGUCUCGGUCCCAAUGUAUCCGAUGCCCACACCAUCAAUGGCCACGCGGGGCCUACCUCCGGUUGUGCUUCUUCCGCACGAGAUGGGUUCACGCUGCGAGUGGACCAACGCAAGACGUAUCUGCUCCGGAUCAUCAACGCGGCACUCAAUGACGACCUCUUCUUCAAGGUCGCCGGCCAUCUGAUGACCGUGGUCGAAGUGGACGCCACCUACACCAAGCCCUUCACGAUCGACACCCUGCUCAUCGCCCCUGGCCAGACCACCAACGUCCUCCUCACCGCCGACCAAGGCGCCGGCAGAUACCUGGUCACCGCCUCCCCGUUCAUGGACUCGCCGCUCGUCGCGGUGGAUAACAGCACGGGGACGGCCACGGUGCAGUACACCGACGCUGUCUCUACGUCUGCCAUCGCCACCACCAAGCUUCCUCCUCGGAACUCCACCUCCUUGGCGUCCCAAUUCAUCGACUCCCUCCGCAGCCUGAACUCGAAGCAGUAUCCUGCGAAUGUGCCGUCCACCGUGGAUCACUCUCUUCUCUUCACCGUGGGUCUCGGAGUGAACCCGUGCCCCGCCUGUACCAAUGGGAGCCGGGUGGUGGCGGCCAUGAACAACGUGACCUUCAUGAUGCCCACGACGGCGCUCCUCCAGGCGCAUUACUUCAACAUGAGUGGGGUGUUCACCAAUGACUUCCCCGGGCAGCCGCUCAUAGCCUUCAACUACACGGGUAGUGGCCCCAACAACACGCAGACCAUGAACGGCACGAGGCUCUAUCGCCUUCCUUAUAACGCAUCGGUGCAACUCGUUCUCCAGGACACCGGAAUCAUAGGACCGGAGAGCCACCCCAUCCAUCUACAUGGCUACAACUUCUUCGUGGUCGGAAGGGGCGUCGGCAAUUAUGACCCCGCAACAUCUCCCUCCAAGUUCAAUCUCGUCGACCCCAUCGAGAGGAACACCAUGGCCGUUCCCGCCGCCGGAUGGACCGCCAUAAGAUUCAGGGCGGAUAACCCAGGUGUUUGGUUUCUGCACUGCCAUUUCGAGGUGCACACAACAUGGGGGCUUAAAAUGGCGUUCGUCGUGGAAGAUGGCAAAGGACCAAACGAGUCCCUUCAGCCACCCCCCAAGGAUCUUCCAGCUUGUUAGGCAAGUAGCUUCCGUACGCUCUCUCUCCCCCUCUCUCGUGACCAAGGAAAGCUGCAUGUCCCGAUGACCACAGCGGCAAUUGUCAGGUUCCGAGCGAGAAGGGUUUCUUCUUUUUGUCGUAGUUGUUGUGUUUGCUAGUGUGACUACAUGUAUGUAUGCAUCUCUUGCACCUUUUUUAUUUUACUGUGGUAAUGUGUGUUAAGUAGUCAAUUUGUCUGUGGAUCCUCCCACCCUUUUGAUUGUAAUCCAGACAACUUGUGGAAUAAUAAUUCAAGUGCAACAAAAUGGCUUGUGCA